AUGAGAGAUAAGUGCCAGGGUUUGGGAAUGAGGGGUGCAAAUUCCGCAGUAUUUGUAGGACCUUCCGUUAGGCAAGUCCCCUUGGAAGAAGUUUGCGGCGCCAGCAAACCCUCGCCCUUGCCGUUUGGCAAGGGUUCGUUGGCGAAAAUUUUGAGAGGGCCAGCAGCGGUGAUUUGGGAAGUGCUAGAUCUUUUUAUCUUCGGCAAGGUGAGGGAGGUGAUCAAGCCUUCUUGUCUUCGACAAGGCUGGUAA